GGCGAUAUUUUCCUUCGUUCGCUGACGGAGCGGUACACGCGAAGUGUCGCUCUUUCGCGGAGCUAUCGGCGUGACUCGCGUUUUUCCCCAUCGAUGCGAGUGAGUGUCCGUCUGAUCCAGUCGAACGAAAUAUGGCGAGCUGCAGGUUGUUCGGCGCCCUCGCGCGUUGCACCCGUGCCAACGCGACUUACGUGACACGUGCAGGUUUGUAUCAAAUAUCAAGAACAUUAGCAACUGAAGCAAAUAGAAAACAUUUCAAAUGCAAAAUAGUAGACAAUGUAGCAGUCAUCGCAAUGGACUCACCAGGAGUCAAGAUGAAUACCAUAAACAAGGAAGUUAUGGAGGAAAUCAAAGGGUUAUUGACGGAAAUUCAAUCAAAUUCACUUGUAAAUGCUAUGGUUCUCAUCAGUGGAAAACCAGAUAAUUUUAUCGCUGGUGCAGAUAUUAGUAUGUUAGAAAAUCUUACAAGCGUAGAGAGUAGUUAUGAAAUGAUUAUAGAAGGACAUCGUAUUUUCAAUAUGAUAUCAACAAGCAGCAAGCCAAUUGUUGCUGCCAUUCAAGGCAGUUGUCUUGGUGGAGGAUUAGAGGUCGCAUUAGCAUGUCAUUACAGACUUGCCGUUAACAAUAAAAAGACUAGUCUUGGAUUACCUGAAGUAAUGCUCGGGUUACUUCCUGGCGGUGGUGGCACUCAACGAUUACCUCAGACAGUUUCUCUUCUUACUGCUCUGGAUAUGAUGCUCACCGGUAAAAUGAUUAAAGCUGACAGAGCAAAGAAACUUGGAUUGGUGGACAUGAUAGUGAACCGUCUCGGCCCAGGAAUUGGAACACCCGAAGAAAAUACACUGAGGUACUUAGAAGAGACCGCAGUGAAAACCGCACAAGAUCUUGCAAAUGGAAAACUGAAAGUCCAACGUGGCCCAAAAUCUAUGGCAGACAAGAUAGUCCAGCAGGUUCUGUCUUUCAAUUUUCUCAAAGACCAGAUAUUCAAAAAAGCAAAGGCCCAAGUGAUGAAACAAACUGGUGGUAUGUAUCCUGCUCCGCUCAAAAUCUUAGAAGUGGUGAGAGCCGGCCUGGACAAAGGCUUCGUUGCUGGACUCGAGGCCGAGGCCAAAGGAUUCAGUCAAUUAUCAGUUACGCCGCAGUGUAAGGGCCUCAUCAGUCUAUUCUUCGGUCAAACAGCCUGCAAAAAGAAUCGCUUUGGCUCAGCGACAAAUGCACCCAAAAAAAUCGCUGUGGUUGGUGCGGGUUUGAUGGGCGCGGGCAUUGUCCAAGUCAGCAUUGACAAAGGUUACAACGUUGUUAUGAAGGAUACCAACGAAAGCGGACUAUAUCGUGGUAUAAAUCAAAUUCAAAAAGGCUUAAACAAUGCCGUGAAGCGCAAACGAAUCUCAAAUAUUGAAAAAGACAAAUACCUCUCACAACUCGACACAACGUUGAAUUAUAACUCCUUCAAGAAUGUAGACGUGGUGAUUGAAGCAGUGUUCGAGGAUAUCGGUAUUAAGCAUAAGGUCCUGAAGGAAAUUGAAUCCGUGGUGCCGAGUCACUGUGUCAUUGCUACCAAUACGUCCGCAAUUCCUAUUUCGAAGAUCGCUGCUGGCUGCAGUCGUCCUGAUAAAGUGAUCGGUAUGCAUUAUUUCUCUCCCGUCGAUAAGAUGCAACUAUUAGAAAUUAUAACACACAAGGAAACGUCCGAGGAAACCAUCAGAACCGCUGUGGAUGUCGGCCUGAAACAGGGCAAGACCGUUAUUACGGUCGGUGAUUGCCCUGGAUUUUACACCACUAGGAUACUUGCCGCGAUGCAGUCAGAAGCAAUGAGGCUGUUGCAGGAGGGUGUAGAUCCACUAGGCCUGGACAGGUUGACAAAAACAUUCGGCUUCCCAGUUGGUGCGUCCACUCUAUCCGACGAAGUCGGCCUCGAUGUUGGUGCUCACAUCAUUGUUGAUAUCGCUAAAGCUUACGGCAAGCGCUUCGAGGGCGGUACCGCAAACAUUCUCGACGACAUGGUUAAGGCUGGUUUUCUCGGGCGCAAGUCCGGCAAAGGUUUAUUUGUAUACGAGACCAACUCUAAGCACAGAGAUGUGAAUACCGGUGCCUUGGACAUCUUGAAGAAAUACCAGCUUGAACCCAAAGGUAGCACAUCCGAUGAAGACCGUCAAUUAAGGAUGGUCUCGCGGUUCGUCAACGAGGCAGUGUUAUGCUUGGAAGAAAAUAUUCUAGCCAAUCCCGUGGAAGGCAACGUGGGAGCUGUGUUCGGCUUGGGUUUUCCACCAUUCACGGGCGGUCCGUUCCGCUGGGUAGAUUAUUACGGUGCGCAUCGACUCGUUAAGAAGAUGGAGGAAUUCCGAAGUCACUACGGCGAAGCUUUCCAACCAUGUCAAACGUUACUCGAUAUGGCAGCCGACUCUACACGAAAGUUCCAUCCGAAGUAAAAGUUCGAUAGGAGUCUAUCGCAAGCGAAUUUCUACGUUAAUCAAUCCUUUCUCGUUCAUUCUAAAACUAUAUAUUCCAUCCACUUCAUAAACAAAAACCACUUCAAAAAUAGAUACAGAAAUUAUUAAUCCUUCUUAAUUCUGCAAUGCAAUUUGAUACUCGCAUCAUAUUUUACGUGUUCUAAUUUAGUUAUUUUAAGAUCAGCUGAAACUAUUUAUCGUUCUUUAAUGCUGAAGGAACUUUUAAACAUUUUUAUAUUUUUUCUUUUUUUUAGCUGACUUAUCACAGAAUAAACUUAAAAGGAAGUUUAUCAAAUGUGCACUUUCCGAACUUUAUAAAUUAAAAGUACAAUAUCAUACUUCUUUUACUUUUUAAUUAUUUGUAUUAUUAAUUACUUAAAUCUCAUUAUUGAAGUGAUAUCUAUCUGAAUAAUGUAAUUUUUAUCUGAAAUAUAAUCUUUCUACCCUGAAUAUUUGUAGAAAAUUUAGCUUAGCCUUUUACUGAAGAAAUAGCUUUGCGAACUUUGCGAUUAACGAAACUAUUAGAGAAAGUUUCAGCUGCUCUUGCGAAUAACGGAUUUGUUUUUGCGAAGUAUAGUACAUGUGAUUCCACGUCUUCAAAUCGGAUAGAAUAAGAGGGCCUAAUACGUAUCAUGUAUAAUACGCAGAGACUGUUGUGACGUGUAAAGUACUAUAUAUUUUUGGACUUGGAAUUUACACGGCCCAUUUAGCGGCGUUCCGCGGAAGUAUUGUAGAUAGAGUCGUGCAUUUAUUACUUUCAAGAGUUUUAUAUGCUGCCACAGACUUUGAUACUACCACACGCAUAUAUAUGUAGGGUUACGUUUGUAAAUUAGAUGAAGUUAUGUAACAAUUGUACAUCUAUUUUUGCAAAGUUUAUCGAGAGAAUAAAGUCUUUCUACAUUUAA